AAGGGAGAGAGGGAGCAGGAGAGCCUGGCAGAGGGAAGGUGCCAGGGAUAAGGUGCAGGCUUACUGAGCGGCACAGGUGGAAACUUGCUCAGGAACAGGUGCCUGGGAGAUGUCUGCUGCGGGGAAGGAAUCUGAAGAGGAAUGAAGUAAAAACGACCAGAGGACACUCUGAGUUAUCCAAGAGAAAUUCAAAGGAAACCAGGAUGUCGAAGGAGGUGAAGAACGAGAAGGAGCCCCUUAUUGAGUUCUUUUCCUCAUACCGGGAACUCUUUGAGUUCUUCUGCAGUAACACCACCAUCCAUGGGGCAAUACGGCUGGUCUGUUCCCGGAGCAACCGCAUGAAAACAGCCUUCUGGCUUGUCCUCUUCUUGGCUACAUUUGGCCUCAUGUACUGGCAGUUUGGCCUCCUCUUUGGGCAGUAUUUCAGUUACCCAGUCAGCAUCAACCUCAACGUCAACUCGGAUAAACUUCCCUUCCCGGCUGUGACUGUGUGCACCUUAAACCCAUACAGGUACAAAGCGAUUCAGAAUGAUCUGCAGGAACUGGACAAGGAGACCCAGAGAACCUUAUAUGAGCUCUAUAAAUAUAAUUCAACCGGGGUGCAAGGAUGGAUUCCUACCAACCAGAGGGUGAGGAGGGACAGACCGGGGCUCCCGCACCUGCUUGAGUUGGUGCCACCGGGAUCCAAGACCCACAGAGUGUCCCGCAGUGUCAUAGAGGAGGAAUUACAAGUCAAACGCAGGGAGUGGAAUAUCGGCUUUAAACUGUGCAACGAGACUGGGGGUGACUGUUUCUACCAAACCUACACCUCGGGUGUGGACGCCAUACGGGAAUGGUAUCGCUUUCAUUAUAUCAAUAUCCUCGCUCGAGUGCCCGAGGAAGCCGCUAUUGAUGGGGAGCAACUGGAGAACUUCAUCUUUGCCUGCAGAUUUAAUGAGGAAUCCUGUACCAAAGCGAAUUACUCGCACUUUCACCAUGCCAUCUAUGGGAAUUGCUACACCUUCAACCAAAACCGGAGUGGCCAGUCCAACCUGUGGAGUUCCUCCAUGCCCGGGAUCAAAAAUGGUCUGACCCUUAUCCUUCGGACGGAGCAGCACGAUUACAUCCCUUUACUUUCCUCGGUCGCCGGAGCGAGAGUUCUUGUCCAUGGACACAAGGAACCGGCCUUCAUGGAUGACAGUGGCUUUAAUAUCCCUCCUGGGAUGGAGACCUCCAUUGGAAUGAAAAAGGAAACAGUCAAUCGCAUGGGGGGUAAAUACAGUGACUGCUCUGAAGAUGGAAGUGAUGUCGACGUGAAGAAUUUAUUCGAAAGCGAGUACACCGAGCAGGUCUGUGUCCGUUCCUGUUUCCAGGCCGCCAUGGUGGAGCGCUGUGGCUGUGGCUAUGCCUUCUAUCCGCUUUCCCCCGGGGAUGAAUUUUGUGAUUACAAUAAGCAUAAAAGCUGGGGCCACUGCUACUAUAAACUGAUUAUCGAAUUCACCUCAAACAAACUGGGCUGUUUCAGCAAAUGCCGCAAACCCUGCCUGGUGUCAGAGUAUCAGCUGACUGCAGGCUAUUCCAAAUGGCCCAAUCGGGUGAGCCAGGACUGGGUGUUUCACACGUUGUCACGGCAAUACAACCUGACGGACAGAAAUGGAAUCGCUAAACUGAACAUUUACUUUGAGGAGCUGAAUUAUAAAACCAUCCAGGAAUCUCCGACAAUAAAUAUGGUGAUGCUUCUCUCCUUGCUGGGCAGCCAGUGGAGCCUCUGGUUCGGUUCCUCCGUUCUUUCGGUGGUGGAGAUGCUAGAGCUGGUCAUCGAUCUUGUCAUAAUUGUAUUAAUAAUGCUGUUCCAUCGUUAUUACUACAAGCAAGCUGAUGAAGGCGAAGCAACCUCUGCGGUUCCCACCCCUGCCCCAUCCUUUGCUGAUCUAGAACAACAAGUCCCUCAUGUUCCUCGCAGUGAUCUCCCCCAGCGCCAGAUAAGUGUGGUUGCGGAUAUCACUCCUCCGCCGGCAUAUGAAAGCCUGGACCUGAGAUCUGUUGGGGCGUUAUCCUCUCGCUCGUCCAGCCUGAGAAGCAGCAGCAGGUCCUACUAUGAGGAGAAUGGGAGUAGAAGAAUCUGAGAGGGAUGGAGGACAAAAGAGAAUAACUUGGGUUGGGAAUCAAAUCAGGAGAAAUUCCCAGUACUUUGCCUGUUUAUGGAGCUAUUAAUCUCAACCUCCAUAUGUUCUUAUAGCGGGUAUUUACCUUACUAUUAACAUUAAAGCACGCUGUAAAGCAGGGCCUGGGCCGGGAACACCUACUUAUAUUGUAUAUCAGUCCACUAUAUAGAAAUAAACUUGCACUACUGCUGUAGACAAUGA